CUAUAGGCACGUGAAUAGCACUCCCCAUCCAGAAGAGGGCGUCAGCAGGAGCUUGUUUUUGUAUCAAUAUCGCAUUACAUACGGAUGAAACGUGAACGAGCCAUCGCGCUCUUCUCCGUCAAACCGAGCCUUUGGUUUGAAAAGCAGUGUCAAAUCGAGGUUUGCACAUCACUAACCGAGCGCAAGAGGCGAUGGAUGGGCCCGUGGAUGGCAUUAAGCUCAUUCGAGGACUCAAGACCGAGCUACUGGAGGCUCUGAAAGGAGACCCGGAUUUUCUGGUUCAGCACUGCCAUGCAAGUGGCAUACUGAACGAUAAUGAGUACAACAACAUCAAAGACACGAACAUGCGCUCGAAACAGGUACGGGACGUGUUGGAUUAUGUGAUUCACAAAGACAACAAGCAUGCUCUGAAAUUCCUGAAGGUGCUGAAAACGCGAGACAUGCAGGAGACAUUUCCUAAACUGGAUUUCGUUCAAAAGCUGCAGAUCAACAAACGCAAGACACCAAAAAACGCAGAGACGACAGCGAAACGACGUCAGGAAAUAGAAAACGAGCCGCUGCGUAUCAUCAACUCCAGGAUGGUGAGCGAGAAGGAGAUGAUGAUGGUGGCCGGCUGCAUCGGGAACAGCUGGAGGGAGGUGGGCAUCGUGGCGCUGGGCAUGAACACCACCGCUCUUCAGCAGAUAGAGGAGGACAACAGCCAACACAAAAUGCGGGUUUUCGCCAUGCUGCGUAAGUGGAGCAUGCGUGAGCGGGAACAGGCCACGGCAGCUCGCCUCCAUUCUCUGCUGACCCAAGAAGAGAACGGCGUGGACGCUCUGAAACUCAACUUCCUGUUGGAAAACAACUGAGGCUGCUAAGAGGACUUCAGCUGGGUGCUGCAGUCGUAAUGUCAAAACCCAGAAGGCCGAUAAACCGUGAGCCCCUCGAGGUUUCAUGGGUUUUUAUAAUGGGGUCAUGAUUGAAACGGGGUCUGUGGUGAAUAUAGAUUGCCGGUGUUUAAUUACAUACACAAUUAUGUUUAUUUUAAUUUUUUUUAAAUGCGUGUUAUUAAUGACAUAUACAUAAGAAUGUUUGUCUUGUGUAGUUUACAUUGUACAGCAAAUCGUUGAAGCUAUUAAUUGCUUCCCAAAUGAAGCACUAUGCACUUAUACACUGUGCAUUUAUGCUUUAUGUACUCGACCGUGUAGUAAUUUUGUCAUUAAUAAUCGGAGGCAGGUAGCCCUCGCCUCUUCGCAGCGUAAUUAAAUUUGCAACAUUCCCACAUUCCACACUUUUUUUUGGCUAUUUAAGUGGUUAUUUAGCUCACAGGUACGCGAUUUGGGAUUUUCCCGUCGUUCGCCACACUGACCUUAUCUUACUCGUGAAUUUAAAGGGAUAGUUCACCCAAAAACUCUGUCAACUGUUACCCUUCACUCGUUGCAGACAUGUCUGCGCUUCUUUCUUCAGCUGAACAUGGCAGAAGAUAUUGUGAAGAAUGUUCGCGACCACACAGUUGAUGGUAGUCAUUGUCUUCCACUGUGUUUUUUUCAUAUUACGGAAGUCAAUGGCUAUUUGUUCGGUUAUCAACAUUAUUCACAAUACCCUUUUUUGUAACUAAAGCACAAAUAACUUGAAGGGCUAGUAAAUGAUGACAGAUUUUUUGGGGAAAACUAUUGCUGUAAAAAUCCAACGAUAAAAACCCAUUUGAAAAUCUCAAGUGAACUCACGGUGUAUUAGUUAUAACUAACUGCAGCAGGUAACACAUGUAGCACUUGCAGAGAUGCAAAAGUACCACUAGAGGGAACUAUAAUUUCUUGUCACAAAUAUAAAAAUGUUUAUAUUUGUAUUUAUUUUAUUUUUAUUUUUUUUCUUCGUUCGAGUACAAGCUUGUAAUAAUAUUGCAACUUUCAAACCCUCCAAGCUAAAAAUGCGGGUAUUUCAAAUAAUUUUCCUAAACUUGAUGUGAAAACUUUUAUAAUUGUAUCUUAAAAUUCAAUAGCAGACAUGCUAAGAAAAAAAAAGGGGGCAUUUUUCAAAAAGGGGCAAGACUGAAUUGAAUGUCAGAAUGUUUUGUUUUAUUUUUUUACGGCAUUAUUACUUAAUUAUUUUUCUCUUCAGCUUAUUUCAUGUGAGAUCAAGUUCCAUUCCUACUUUUUAGAUUGCACUUCAGCUUGUUUGCUUUCUCAUGGUACAAAUUGCCUGAUUUGUGCUGUAAACAUUCCAUCUCGUCACGUUCCGCAAAAUAAUAUUUACGCUUUUUAAGUAAAUGAAUGUGAAAGCUUUUAUCAAAGUCUUAAAACUUGAACCGAUUCCAUGAAGAGAUAAGCAAGAUAAGUUUAAAAAGAUUUAUGUUCCAAUAGAGACCGUUAUCUGGCAACAUAAUGGCGACCUUCGCUCUCUCGGCAAGUAUCACGUUGUUUCACCCUGAUGCAUUUUCACCCUGGUGUUUCACCCUUGUUCACCCUUGUUCACCCUUGUUUUGCAUGCCAAGCAGGUGAUAGGAUUGGAGGCGGAGCUUUGUACAAUUCCAUUGCAUAGACCUCGUCAUUAACAGCAUCUAGUCCUGCCAGACUUCAUGGAAUCUUUUGCUGUGGGAUUAUAAAACUUGCUUUAUUUGAUAGACUGCAACCUGAUAAAGAGAAAAAAAAAAUCAUCUCAAAUUUCUUAUCAUGCUUACAUGAAUUUUUUUGUACCUUUUUGCACUGUUUUGCUACUUUUAUGUCUUACCGUUUUGUAAAUCAAUCAUGUUUGUGGUUAUGGGUCGUUUGUUUGUUUUUAAGUAAAAUAAAUGGAAAUAAAGAACUAAAUGAA